CACUUUUCUGUAGGCAAUAUUUACACAAGUUGAAGGGGGGUUGAUUGCAUGCGUUUGAAGCGGCGGGUGCGCACUAACCAAGACUGCUUUCAGGCUGAUGCGUCUCAGCUGUUGGAAAUUAUGAAGUAUACCAAUAUGGGAAUAUUCCUCGCGGUUUUGGAUCAUUUGUGUGUUCCAAAGUAGAUACCUGCAGCACUUUGGAGAUCAUCCAGAUGCAAGUUUUUCAAGGAAAAAAAUGCUUUUGGCGAUUUCAACAAGUUGCUCCCAGAGUCCACCCACCCACCUACACCCCCUCCUGCCGUCGCUGGUCCUAAUUGGUUUUUGGGAAGCAGGGCUGUGACGCCUUAGUUUGAUGACAUCACCCAGUCAGUCACACACGGUCGGACAAGCGCGCUCAGAGGGAACUAGUUGUUUGGUGUAGAGAGAGAGAGAGAGAAAGAGAGGCAGGACUUCAUUACAACCAAAGCAUCAGCUGAGGGAAAUAUUCACCUGUGCGCUGCCAGGACGAAUUCACGAGGAUUUCUCAUUGAUUUUUAAAGCAGACUCUGUUUUGAAGGCGCACUGAGAGGGACACUAACAACAAUCUGCCGGACCCCUGUUCUUGUCCUGCUCUCCACACAAGUUUUUAUCUUUGAAUAAGGUUUCACACAGACACUGAUCCGCAUCUGUUUCGAUUUUCUUUCGGAGACACUGCGCGCCUGGUUUCAUAAAGAGAGGACCGUAAUCAACCAUGGCGAGACAUGACGCCCGAAAUUGGCAAGACUGCUCCAAAAUGAUCGGACUGCUCUGCAUGUUCGCGUCGAUACUUCUCCAACACGGAGUGUCGGGUCAGCGGGUGAAGGUGGAGCCGGAGGUGUUGUCAUAUCCCGGUCAGACCGUCAACCUGCGCUGUGCCUUCACCGAUGCCACUGGGAUUCAGCUCACAAUGGUCACGUGGAUCUAUGAGCCGAAAGAAGGAGAAAGGAUCAACAUCGCUGUGUUUCACCCCAGCUUUGAUGCCAACUAUCCUGAUUCUCCUGUGAAGGGCAGAAUCAGCUUCACACCCAGUCCGCCAGACCUGGCCAGUCCUUCCAUCCAGAUAACCGAUGUUAGAAUGUCCGAUGAGGGGAAGUACAUCUGCGAGUAUGCUACCUACCCCAGUGGCAACGAGCAAGGCAUCACAUACCUGGUCAUGCUGGCUAAGCCUCAGAACUCGGCCUCCAUCGUAACAGUGGAAGCAGGCACCAAGCAGGUCGUCGUGGCACGCUGCGAGUCUGUCAAUGGCCGUCCACCUGCCCAAAUCUCCUGGGUGACCACAGCCAAUGGCAAUGCGACAACAGUGUCCAAGCAGGGUACCGACAACACAGUGACCAUGAUCAGCGAGUACCGCAUGGUUCCCACAGCAGCAGACAACGGGAAAGACAUAAGCUGCGUGGUGGCACACCGGACCCAGGUCAAACCAGAGAGCUUCCCGCUGAAGCUGGCGGUUCUGUACCCCCCUCAGGUGACAAUAGUAGGUUACGACAAUAACUGGUACUUGGGUCGUACAAAUGUGAUACUCACCUGCCAGGCUACCGGAAACCCUCACCCGUCCACUGUCCAGUGGAAGACUAUGUCAGGAGAGAUGCCAGACAUCGUGCAGAUCGCAGGCAAAGAGCUGAAGGUGCUGAAGGUGGAUGACACGGUCAACACCACUUUCGUCUGUGAGGUCAAGAAUCGCAUCGGGACCGGCAGGGACCAGGUCACAGCCAUGGUCAGAGAGCCCUCAGUGAACCCAACCAACGCUGGCGUGGUGGCGGGAGCUGUGAUUGGCUCCCUGCUGGCCCUCCUUUUGGUCGCCGCUCUCAUCGCCGUGCUUGUUACCCGUAGCCGCAGGCAACAGCAGGGUUACCGUGCCAAUGACAUGAAGACGCGCAUAUUUGGUGGAGGCAAGAAGGCCAGCAAGAACGGCACAGGUGGAGGCACAGGCACUGGCGGAGUGGGUGGCGGUAACAACAAUGGCCCAAUCUAUGUUUACAACGAGAGCUCAUCCCACCACGGCCUGGGAGAGAAAAACAACCACCAUCAGCCGCUCACCAUGGGGGGCCGGCCUGAAGUUGUUGCCACGACACCCACCGCCCAAGAUAUCCUGCUAAGCAAUGAAUUAGACGAUGCUGAAAGGAGGAAGUUUGAUGAGCUGGAGGAGGAGGAGAGGUAUGACAACUUCAGUGGAGGGGCCCCCAUCCUUCAGCUUCGCCCACCGCAGGACCAGGACGAUAUUAUUGGAGAUUACCUGGAUGAUGACAUGGAGUCCCAGCGAGAUGGCUCUGUCAUCUCACGGACUGCCGUUUACGUAUAGAGGAGGAGGAGGAGGAGAGGAGGAGAAGAAAAAUGAGUGAUGGAGGAUUCCUCCAGAGGAUUUUGUGGCUCCAGGGUUUCGACCCUGUCUGAUGGAGAAGAGAAAAUAAUACCACUUUUAUUUUUGAAAUUGAUCGUAAUUAUAGCCUAUUAUUAAUCACAGUGCUGCCCCAGAAUGGACUGAAUGAACAGGGUUGUGUGGUUGGAUAUUCUAAAGAGGAGCGUUACCGCUAUCUGGUCCCUAAGAACUGAAUAUCAAACGGAGAAAAGAAACAACCUGUCUCUUGCCGCUUCUUCUCAUGCCAUCACUAUCACUGGGACCUUGACAAGGACUUUUGACAGACAGACAGACUAAAAGAGAGAAACUAUGUAGUGCAGGAGUAGGAUAAUGGAAUCAUGAUACAAGCUUGGCUAUAGAGAAGGCACCACACUUGCAUAUUCACUCUUAUCUUUACCGAAACAGUAGGAGUGGAAGGGGUUGUCAAGCAGUUAGGUGUUACCUGCUAUCAUCAUUCCCCCGCUGGGAAACCUUUUUGUUUUGAUUACGCAUUGUGCUGUGACAGCUGAGUGGUAGUAAGCAGCUAGUGAUGAGUUGAGAGGAAAAGAUUUUAAGCAUGUAGACACUAAUCAUCAGGUGAUUUAGAGAAGAGAGUGAAGUAUUUGCUCUUGUCUACUGGCGAGUUUCCAUUUUCGCUCUCUCUGCCUUCCUCUCAAACUUAAGAAAAAAAAAUAUCUACAAACUAUCAGCAACUGUAGACUCUCUUGAAUUUACAACAUUUAAAAAGAACCUUAGGUCCCUGUGUGCUGCACAAAUACAAGAGCAGCAGAAUUAAACAAAGUAAGUUUGUGGAGGUUUGAAUUUUAAGUUCUUAACAAAGUAUUUGCAUGCAAACUUUUGUACAGUGCCUGGAGGUAAGAGAUGGUAAACAAGAGAUGAGGGAAUGAGGUGUAGCCGAUCUGACAGGGUCAAGGGAUGGAGAGAGGGAUGCAGGAGGCAGUAAGACUGGAGAGGAGCACGUCUCUUCUUUUCUUUGCUUCCUCGUCUCCGUCUCUUCAGAGCGCUCCUGACAGGAGGAGCUUGAUUGGUAAUGAGCCGUGAAGUCGCUCGCUUAGUCGGGACCAACAGAUUGCCACCACUUAUCGUUUAUGACGUGGCGAUUCCUCCCCCUCCCUUCUCUGUCUCUCUAUCACCCCUCUGUCUCUGCCUCUCCCACCCCCCUUUCUCUCUCUUCAUCCCUCGAUCCCAGUGUUUAUGGGGAGUUUAUGAUUUAUCCAGGCCAGUGUUGAGGUCAGGGCCACAGUGAGCAAGGGAGUAUUUUACUGCUCCUGAUGUGUCAAACGCCCCACUUACUCUAUUCCGGACAGGCCUGCUCUGACAUGCCAGGUCUGACUAAUCCACCUGAAGUGGCCACGUUCACACCACUGGACGGAUGCUGCAGCCUCCUCCUGUACUUAAGUAAAUGGCCGGAUGUAACUGAACCCCCACCUCCAAAGUGUGCCCACGUUAGGUUGGAUAGAUUUUCAAUAAGAUCAUCUAAUAUUUCUUUCCAUUAGCGGAUGUUGUUAAAUGUAGUAAAUUGAUCGGGAGACAUAAAAGGUUGUGUCCGCAGCGAAGCAAUGGGAGUCAUAUUGACUAACAGGCAACAAGCGAUGAAAUGGCCCUUUAUGUUGCAGCUCCAGGGCUGAUUGUCUCCUGACUGUUAAUUUAUCCUUCUAACGAGCCACGGGAGGCCUGCUCAGGCAAAUAUUACUCUUGGCUACUGUGCACCGCUGUCUUUGAGGCUCAGUGUGUACGUUUUCAUGCGUCACUGUAUCUAUGUGGCCACUGCUUGACUGUGAUGGACAAUCUUUGAGGGAAGCCCUACUGUAGCUUCUUGAAUCAUGCGUUCCCUGGCCUUCUAAAGAACUCCCUGUUAACCCCUGGGAAUCCAGUGUGUUUGGCUCUCGAUGACUGCGCUGACCUCUUAAGAGGCCCAGUUAAGAUCUAGGUUGCAGGUCAUGAGGUCAAAUGCAGGGUGACCCAUUACCAAGGGCAAAAGAUGACUGCGCUUUCCCCGCAUUUCUUAUCCUUGCUGCUUUUCAACCUUGAACUAUAGAUGUGGGAAAUGCAUACAGUACAAGCAUCUAUACAGGGUGAGAUAGUCCUUGUUUGCCACAGUGAUCGCUGUUAACCUCCAGAGAGGCGGUGAGAGACCGGGAGAAAGAGACAGAGUAGGCAGAUGACAAAAACAGACAGCUUUCAGUGUUUGAGCACCGUCUAACAUAUUAAGCCAGUGUGUUCAAUAGGAUUAUCGUCUAAUGGCCUUAGCUUAUACAUAAAUGCAACUGUCAACCUGGGGUACAGUGAAUUUACUGAACACAACUGAUCUGUCACAUCCACUCAAAAUAUAAACGUAUUACUUAUUUUUGCACUUGUGUGUGUGUCACAGCUACAAAGCGAAAUAUGAGCGUAAUACUUUGUCUUUGGGGUCAAAAAAAUAAAAUAAAAAAUAGCGAUAAGGGACAAAAACUGUUGUAUGUACAUUUUGGUGUGAGGUAUCUGUGUACUAUAUAUGUAAGCAUCUUUAUUUUUCUUGUGAAAAUGUGGAUAUUUAUGAAAAUGUAAAUAUCAGAUUGUUGGAGCCAGUGUUUGAAGUAAAGAGGAAGGCGUUCUGGGUUGGCUUAGCCUGAAGUUCAAAUGUCUCAGAGGGCAUUCAGAAUGUAAUUUUUAAUCUAAUGAAUACCUUGGUGGUUCAGGUGUUACAACACGCUGAACUAACUGAGCUGAGUUUACCUUAAGCCUAAGAGUUGAUUUCUAUCGAGGGCGAGGGGGGAGAUUAUAUAUACUUAUAUAAUUUUUUGCAAGUUAGCAUUGCCUCCAUUUCCACAUAAUAAGCACACGACAUUCUUUUGCACAAUUGGCUUCUCCUUGACGACACCAUGCACAAUAUAAACCACAAUACUCCUAAUUUAUCAGGCAGAGCGUAACCAAGUGUGUUGAGUCUGACUCAGCUCUGUAUGUGUGUAGUUGAAUGUGUAUUUUUGUGAUGCUCGGGGUGCUUUGGGACGUCUCUCAUUGUGUCAUUGGGGCUGUAACCUGAGUAGCUGCCCCUUGUCACCAUGGAAAACACGGCAAACUGAAGAUAUUAUUGCAUUUUCGAGGACACACUCACUCACUCUGCACACACAUACUGGUACAUAUACAUACGCAGAAUGCAGAGAAACAUUCGCCCACGCACAAACACCCCUCAGUCACUCUCAUUAUGCUCACUCCCACAGCCAAACUGUGCAGAAGACACCUCAUACCUGACAACUCUGCCAUCUUCUGACAUAAGCCCACACAAAUGCGUUCGCAUAGUUGCACACAAACACACACUUUUUUUUUUUCCUCUUCUUGCUCAGUAGCCCUGUCAGGACAUAUACUGUGUCCGCUGCUCCAAUGCCUUUUCCAUUCCCCAAAUAGUCCAACCCGUUCCUGAAUCAAUGACCAUGUAGAACAGACAACCACACAUUCGGGACGCACACCUUUCACCUAGUGUCAGAGAAACAGGCUUUUUAGGAAACUGUUUGUCCUUUUCGCUUUUUGUUUUACACAGGAAAUCUAGCUUUCAUAAAUAUGCCACCACGCUGACCUCCUCCCCCUCCCAUAUACCGUCGAAUGCUUUUAGAGAGUCACAACUUCCUACUCAUCUCCAAAAUGUUAUUUUUUUUUCCAACUUCUCACACUUCAGCCACCUCCACUGCUGCGACCGCCUCCACACACACACACACACACACACACACACACGCACACACACACACACACACACACACAUACAUAGUGUUGCCACCCACCUCAGCGCCCAAGUAAGACUUGUCAGACAAAAUGCUUUUAGAGAAAUCCACAAUCCUGGUCCGGGUCUAGCACAAGGUUACAUAGUUAAAAUACCUAAUAUUUCUUCCAGAAAGCCGCAUACUCUUAGUAUUUCUUCGGCUCCAAACAUCUGAUGACUAAUCAAAGCCUUAACAUCUCCCAUCUCACUUGCA